AUGGCGGACAGUAUCAAGAUCGACAGUAAAGCCUUCCAGGAGCGCAUCUCCCACUUCGUCAAUGCCUGGAAGGCAGACAAACGCUCCGGAGACGCGCUCUUCGGCGGCGUAUCGUCCAUUGUCAUUAACAUGGGCAAGGUCGAGGAGAUCCCCGAAUUCCACAAGAAUAAUGCGAUGCAUUUUUGGUUGCUAGGUUAUGAGUUCCCCACGACUCUGAUGCUAUUCACCCUCGAUACCCUCUACAUCCUCACCACCCAGAAGAAAGCAAAAUAUCUCGACCAGGUGAAGGGCGGCCGUUUUCCCGUCGAGGUCCUUGUCCGGGGCAAGGAUGCCGCAGAGAACGAGAAGCUCUUCGUCAAGAUUGCAGAUGCCAUCAAGAGCGCAGGCAAAAAGGUCGGUGUCCUUUCGAAAGACACUUCCAAGGGACCUUUCGUGGACGAGUGGAAGAGAGUCUUUGCCGAGAACUGCAAGGAUGUGGAGGAAUUUGAUGUAGCACAAGCUAUAUCCGCCGGCGCCUUCGCUGUCAAGGACGAGGCCGAGUUGCGGGCCAUGCGGACCUCCUCCAAGGCCUGCGUGGCACUCCUGACACCUUACUUCCUCGACGAGAUGUCCAAUAUUCUCGACCAGGAUAAGAAGAUCAAGCAUAGUGCUCUGGCUGACAAAGUCUACAACAAGCUAGAGGACACCAAGUUCUGGAAGACGGUCCAGCUGCCUAACAAGCAGAAACUGCCCAAUGAUCUCGACCCUGAGCAGCUGGAUUGGGUCCUGGGCCCCGUGGUGCAGAGUGGUGGCAAGUUCGACCUCAAGUGGCAGGUCGACUCAGACAACGACGUUCUCCAUCCCGGAAUCAUCAUCGCGUGCCUGGGUCUGAGAUACAAGUCUUACUGCUCCCAGAUCGCCAGAACCUUCAUGGUCGAUCCGAACAAGUCGCAAGAGGGCAACUACAAGUUCCUUCUGUCCGUCCACAAUAUGAUUCUUAAAGAAAUUCGGGAUGGUGUGGUGGUCAAGGACGUCUACAACAAGGCGCUCGCCAUGGUAAAGAGCAAGAAACCCGAACUUGAGAAGCAUUUCCUCAAGAAUGUGGGUUACGGCGUCGGCCUCGAAAAUAAGGAUCCCACGCUUGUUCUGAAUGGCAAGAAUGCUCGCGCCCUCAAGGAUGGCAUGACCCUAUGCGUCACGACCGGCUUCAGCGACAUCCAGAAUCCCAACCCUCAGGAUAAGAACAGCAAGGUGUACUCGCUGGUUCUCACGGAUACCAUCAGGGUCACCACGAGUGAGCCUGUUGUCUUUACGGGCGAUGCCCCUGUGGACGUUGAUGCCACGUCGUUCUUUUUCAAGGACGAGGACGAGCAGCCCACCCCCAAGAAAGACAAGAAGGACUCUAGGGUUGGUGCUGUUGCAACCAAGAAUAUCACAAGCUCUCGACUCCGCUCCGAGCGUUCAACGCAAGUUGACGAAGAUGGAGAAAAGCGGCGUCGAACCCAUCAGAAGGAGUUGGCCGGGAAAAAGCAAAGAGAAGGCCUAGCAAUGUUCACGGAGUCGACCAACGAUCCGAACGGCGUCGAGAUCAAGAAGUUCAAGCGAUUCGAGUCCUAUAAGCGAGACAACCAGUUCCCGCCCAAAAUCCGGGACCUCGGCAUCGUCGUCGAUCAGAAGAACUCCACCAUCGUCGUGCCUGUCAUGGGACGUCCUGUCCCGUAUCAUAUCAACACCAUCAAGAACGCCAGCAAAAGCGAUGAGGGCGAGUGGUCGUUCCUGCGUAUCAACUUCCUCUCUCCGGGCCAGGGUGUGGGCAGGAAAGAUGACCAGCCCUUUGAGGACGCCUCGGCCCACUUCGUCAGGAGCUUGACCUUCCGAUCCCUGGAUGGCGAUCGGUAUGCCGAGAUUGCGAACCAGAUCUCAAACAUGAAGAAGGAUGCGGUCAAGAAGGAGCAAGAGAAGAAGGAUAUGGAGGACGUGGUGGAGCAGGACAAGCUAGUCGAGAUACGGAAUCGACGACCGGCUGUCCUGGACAGCGUCUUCAUACGGCCGGCUAUGGAAGGCAAGCGCGUGCCUGGCAAGCUGGAGAUCCAUCAGAACGGUAUCCGCUACCAGUCCCCGCUGAGCACGCAGCAGCGCGUCGACAUUCUCUUCUCCAAUGUCCGCCAUCUCUUCUUCCAGCCGUGCCAGCACGAGCUCAUCGUCAUCAUCCACAUCCACCUCAAGGAUCCCAUCAUCAUUGGCAACAAGAAGAAGACCAAGGAUGUGCAGUUCUAUCGCGAAGCCACCGAUAUUCAGUUUGACGAGACUGGCAACAGGAAGCGCAAGUACCGAUAUGGCGAUGAAGAUGAGUUCGAGGCCGAGCAGGAGGAACGCCGCCGACGAGCCGAGCUGGACCGGCUCUUCAAGGGUUUCGCCGAGAAGAUCGCCGAGGCCGGACGGAGCGAGAACAUCGAAGUGGACAUGCCCCUCCGCGAGCUCGGGUUCAACGGUGUUCCAUUCCGGAGCAAUGUGUACAUCCAGCCGACUACCGAGUGCCUCAUCCAGAUUACCGAGCCGCCCUUCAUGGUGCUUACCCUUGAGGAUAUCGAGAUCGCCCACCUCGAACGUGUACAGUUCGGGCUGAAAAACUUCGACUUGGUCUUCGUCUUCAAAGACUUUGCGCGGGCCCCGUACCACGUCAACACGAUUCCUGUGGAAUCGCUGGAGGACGUCAAGGAGUUCCUCGACUCGUCAGACAUUGCCUACUCCGAAGGCCCUCUCAACCUCAACUGGUCGGUUAUUAUGAAGACGGUCACCACCGACACGCAUCAGUUCUUCGUGGAUGGCGGGUGGGGUUUCCUGCAGAACGACUCCGACGACGAAGACGGCGAGGAGGAGGAGGAGGAGGAGAGCGCCUUCGAGAUCGACGAGAGCGAGCUUGACGAGGCGUCGGAGUCGAGCGAGGAGGGUUCCGACUUCGACUCGAACGCGUCAGCGGAAGCUAGCGACGAGGGCGAUGGCAGCGACGACGAGGAGGGCGAGGACUGGGACGAGCUGGAGCGCAAGGCGAAGAAGCGGGACCGCGAAAACGCCGCCGAGGAGGAGGAGAGGGGCAGCAAGAAGAAGCAACGCAAGCGAUAG